UCAGCAGUUUUUCAGUAUGGAGCGAUCGCUUCAGAAAAAAGGAGACUUAGCCACAAUGUACAAUAAUGUGUUGCAAGAGUAUCUCGACCUCGGUCAUAUGGAGCACACGAAGCCAUGCGAGAUAAUUUCCAAUGGCAAAUACUUCUCUUUCUACUUGCCACAUCAUGCGGUCAUCAAACCAGAUAAGGAGACCACCAAAGUUCGCGUGGUAUUCAACGCCUCAAAAACAUCUGGUUCAGGAAAAUCCCUGAAUGACGUGUUGCACACUGGUCCCACACUCCAGCCAGAUCUCAUGCUGCUCAUUCUGCAGUGGCGAAUGCACAGAUUCGUGUUCAAUGGCGACAUUGAAAAAAUGUAUCGUCAAAUACUCAUCCAUGAGGACGAUAAAGACUUUCAGCGAAUCUUAUUUCGCAUAUCGGCUGACUCUCCUGUCACCGAUUAUAAUCUUAAAACCGUAACGUUCGGGGUUAAUUGUGCACCAUACCUCGCUAUCCGUACCCUGCAUCAAUUAGCAGAUGAUACGAUAGCGACAUUUCCCUUGGCUGCCACAAUACUUAAAACCGAAACGUAUGUGGAUGACAUCCUAUCCGGAAGUCAUGAUAUUGACAACGCCACUGAAUCACUUCUUCAAGUGAUCAAAGCGCUUAAGUCAGCUGGUUUCAUACUCAAGAAACUAACGGCCAAUCAUCCGUCCAUUUUAGAAAAAUUUCCAAAGGAGGAUCUUCUCGACUCCAACUUUUUGAAAUUUGAGAGCGCUUCCACAACCAAAACUCUUGGUAUACAAUGGAACGCACUCACAGAUAAAUUUUCAUACACCAUUCUGCCUACAUCGACAUCGAAUGCCGUCACAAAGCGACAAAUUUUAUCAACUGUCGCAAAACUUUUUGACCCGGCAGGAUGGCUAUCGCCAGUGAUGAUUCAAGCAAAGAUUCUUCUUCAAGAACUUUGGCUAGAUGGCGUUGAUUGGGACGAAUGUGCCAAACCUAUACCCUUAGCAAAAUGGCAGCAGUUCGCAGAAAAUCUGCCAGCCAUUAGCUACAUCGAAAUUCCUCGAUGGGUUAAUUUCACUCCGGGGCAAGAUACCCAAAUCCACGGGUUUUGCAAAAAGCAAAGUCGCACCAUUGAAGACGGUAAGCUUGCCACGCCUGGAGCUGUGUGGUGCAGUCUUGCUCGCAAAACUGGUCGCAACUGUUCGAAAACAGCUCAAAUUAGAAUCGUGGAACUUAUUAUUAUGGUCAGAUUCAGAGAUUGUGCUAGCUUGGCUUGA